GGUAAAAUGAAUGAGCAGACGCCUCUUUUAAAAAAUACAAAAAAUAGUUCUUGUUGUUCUCAAAGUCGUUGUUGUUCAGCAAAGGAUGAAAUACAAACAUGUUGUUCAAUAAAAAAAAUAAAAUCGACAGACAGUGAUGGAUUACCGCCUGUUAAUGAUGUUGAUUAUUGUUUCCUUGCUGAUCAAAAAUGGGAAUAUAAGUGUAUUGCUUUAUUAUGUGCAUUAUUUUUAGCUGAAUAAAUGUAUAAAUGUAGUUGGAAGUCAUUUUGCUGCUCAUACAUUAGGCGCAAUGAAAAAUACAAUUAAACAUGAAUUUGGUAUUACAAAUUCUCAAUAUGGUGUAAUUCAGUCAAGUGUAGCUAUUGUAAAUACAAUUUUACCUGUUGUAGGUGGUAUUUUUAUUGAUGCCUUUGGUACAAUACCUGGUGCUCUUUUAACUACUUUGUUGAUUACAUCUGGUAAUAUACUUGUAGCACUCGCUGCUUCACCAAAGAGUUUAUAUGUGAUGGUUAUGGGCCGUGUUCUCUAUGGUAUUGGUAGUGGUACAGUAGUUAUUGUACAAGAAACAAUUCUAAGUCAAUGGUUUACUGGUAGAAGUUUAGCUGGCGUUGUCGCUUUAAUGUUAACCGUGAGUCGAUUGGCUUCAUUUUGUGCUCAAGCAACAGUGAUUCCUAUUGCUAAUCGAACUGGAUGGUAUGGAUAUAGUUUAUGGUUCUCAGCUUUAUUGUGUAUAUUUUCAAUGAUUAUUACCUUUGUAUAUAUUGGAUUACUUAAAACAGUGACGAAAUCUACAAUAACAUGUCGCAAACAAAUGGAAGUCAUUAAACGAAAGAAAUCGUUUAGUUGGUCAAAAUUAAUGUUUUUACCUCACUCUUAUUGGCUUAUUGCUACUAUGGAAUUUUUAUUAGGUGGUGGAUGGAGUUGUUUUUUACAUAUCAAUAGUGAAUUUGUUAAACUUAAAUUUUCUUAUGAUGAUGCUCAUGCAGCGGCAGUAGCGAGUGUUGCACAAGUCUUACCUGUCGUCCUUAUGCCCUUUUUAGGUGUUUGUGUAGAUCGAUUCGGAAAGCGCACCUUAAUGAUGAUUGGAAGUGGUUUAGCUAUGUUAUGCUCUAUGCUUCUCUUAGAAUUUACAUCUAUGCCACCUUUAUUAGGCAUGCUUUUAUUUAGUAUUAGUUUAUCACUUGGGCCUGUUGGACUUGUAUCUUCUGUACCCGUUAUAUUACCAUUAUCACUUGUGGGUACUGGUAUGGGAUUAGUGAAAUCUGGAACUAACAUUGGAGCAGCUAUUUUUGAUAUCACAACUGGCUUAUUACAAGAUGCAGAUCCUCAUAAAGGAUAUGAUGGGGUUAUUCUCUUCUUUAUUACAAUUUCAUCUUUAGCUAUAUUAGCAGGAUUUACACUUUAUAUACUUGAUUUUACAGUCUACAAAUCCAUCUUGGAUAGAUCUGCACAUGAAGCUUAUCGUAUAGAUAGAAACAAAUUAGGUACUUCUUCUCUCGUUUGUUUAAAGGCAAAUUAUUUUUAUGGAUUUAUUUAUCUCAGCCUAUGUUGUUUAAGUUGGCUUUUAUUUUUCAAAUUUAUUUUAUCCUAGAUGAAUGCAAACAAACAAAUCAUUCUCCCCCCAAACCCCACCCUUGCCUCCUUCUUUCUCUCCCCGCCUCCCCCCCCACACACAUAUAUAUAUACGCACAUUUCUAGUUAGUAAAUAAGAUGUAGUAGUCAUAGAAUAGAUACUAUUACAUAAUACCACGUAUUUUUUAUUAAUAUAUAAAUAAGAGAAACACACCACAUAUAUAAGAAAUUUCUAUUUUAGACCUAAUAAAAAAACCUAAAAUGU